CUGCUUUGCCGGUAUCACAAUUGGACGUUGCCCAAGAUUUUGUGCUUACGGAAUUACAAUCAUCCGUGAUGAAGGGUCAGCCACGUUGACUUUGAGACAGUACACACUGUUAGGCGGACUCACUAUCGGCUCCAUCAGCAUCUCAGGAGCUGGGCACUCCACCCCUUUCAGAGGUGCUCUCCUUAAAGUUCUGCAUAUCUAAAUGGACGCACUUUCAACUGAAGAUUCUAUUACUAAGAGUGCAAAAUUGAUAUCAAAGAGGAAGAGAAAAACAGCGAGGAAGAGGGCUAACAAAAAGGAAAGACAGCAAAGUUUGGAUCAAAUGCUUAAAAAUCUGGAGGCUCCUAAAAAUGAAGAAAGUUCCAUCGAAGACGUGGCUAAUUUAGAGAAUUCUGAUGCACAAAUGCUUCCUCUAGGACAUCUAGAAAUACAAAGAGAAUCGACGACAACUCUUUUGGAAAAGAGUCCUGUUAAGAAAAAGAAAAGAAGUAUGAUGAAGGCGUUGAACAAAAAGGUUGACCCUUGUAGCAUGGAUCAGAACAGUGUUCCCUCAAAUCCAAGCGUGUUGGAUAGCAAGCAUGGAGAAGUAGAAAAUGGUCUACUCAAUCCUAAUAUUACCAUUGAAGAUGUGGCUAGUUUAGUGGAUUCUGAUGCACAAUUGCUUCCUCGAGGACAUCUAGAAAUACAAACAGAAUUGACCACAACUCUUUUGGAAAAGAGUCCAGGUAAGAAAAAGAGAUUGAAGAAACGAAUGAAGGCAUUGAAAAAAAAGGUUGACCCAGGUAGCACGGGUCUGAACAAUGUUCCCUCAAAUCCAAGCCUGCUGGAUAACAAGCAUGGAGAUGUAGAAAAUGGUCUACUCAAUCCUAAUAUUUCCAUUGAAGAUGUGGCUAAUUUAGAGAAUUCUGAUGCACAAUUGCUUCCUCGAGGACAUCUAGAAAUACAAACAGAACUGACCACAACUCUUUUGGAAAAGAGUCCAGGCAAGAAAAAGAGAUUGAAGAAACGAAUGAAGGCAUUGAAAAAAAAAGUUGACCCAUGUAGCACGGGUCUGAACAAUGUUCCCUCAAAGCCAAUCGUGCUGGAUAACAAGCAUGGAGAAGUAGAAAAUGGUCUACUCAAUCCUAAUAUUUUCAUUGAAGAUGUGGCUAAUUUAGAGAAUUCUGAUGCACAAUUGUUUCCUCGAGGACAUCUAGAAGUACAAACAGAAGUGACCACAACUCUUUUGGAAAAGAGUCCAGGUAAGAAAAAGAGAUUGAAGAAACAAAUGAAGGCAUUGAAAAAAAAGGUUGACCCAUGUAGCACGGGUCUGAACAAUGUUCCCUCAAAUUCAAGCCUGCUGGACAACAAGUAUGGAGAAGUAGAAAAUGGUCUACUCAAUCCAAAUAUUUCCAUUAAAGACGUGGCUAGUUUACACAAUUCUAAUGCACAAUUGCUUCCUCUAGGGCAUCUAGAAAUACAAACAGAAGGGGCCACAACUCUUUUGGAAAAGAGUUCUGUUAAGGGAAAGAAAAAGAGAAAGAGAAAGAAGAAAACAAGUGUGAUGAAGGUGUUGAACAAAGAGGUUGACCCUUGUAGCAUGGAUCAGACCGAUGUUCCCUCAAAUAACAAGCAUGGAGAAGUACAAAAUGGUCUACUCAAUCCAAAUAUUUCCUUCGAAGAUGUGGCUAGUUUAGAGAAUUCUGAUGCGCAAUUGCUUCCUUUAGGACCUAAAGGAGAUGAUGUUAAGGUUGCAAAUGGCGCAAUGGAAGGCGAAGUUUCAUUAUUUGAAGCUGGAAGAAUUUCGGCAGAAAGCUGUAGUGAAAGGACUCGACUCACUCACAAUUCAGAGUUAAUCAUGCAUGUUCAUGCGGCUCCCACAAGGCCAGGUGAUUUCUGCAUGAUGAAGGGUCCUUGUUUGAGGAGAAAACUUCUCAUCCUUGAUGUUAAUGGACUACUUGCUGAUGUAGUCAAUCCACCACCAAAAGACUGUAAUCCAGAUGCUUGUUUCUGGAGACGGGCAAUAUUCAAGAGACCCUACUGUAAUGAUUUUCUGAAAUUUUGCUUUGAAAGAUUUGACGUGGGCAUCUGGUCUUCUAGAUCCAAGAAGAUCAUUGUUAAAGUGGUUGAUUAUUUAUUGGGAAACCUGAAGCACAAGUUGUUAUUUUGUUGGGAUAUGUCGCAUAGCACUCAGACAAUGUUCAAGACACUUGAGAACAAGCAUAAGCCCUUGGUUUGCAAGGAGCUGAGCAAGGUGUGGGACAGAUAUGAUCCCAAUCUACCCUGGGAAAGAGGGGAUUAUGAUGAAUCAAAUACUUUACUAUUGGAUGAUUCUCCCUACAAGGCCUUGCUAAAUCCUGCGCACACUGCAAUAUUUCCUCAUUCUUACACCUUCAAGGCCGAGAAUGAUAAUUCACUAGGCCCUGGAGGUGAUUUGCGAAUUUAUUUGGAAGAAUUAUUGAAAGCCGAACAUGUACAGAAAUACGUAGAGCAACAUCCAUUUGGUCAGCGGGCAAUUGAUCAGACAAGCUCAGACUGGAACUUCUACUUUGAUGUUCUUUGCAGUCUGCGUGGUCAAUCAGGCUAAGAUUCUUGAUCUGCACUUGCGUAAAUUACAUGUGAUAGAGACAUAUGCUGCUAACAUCUUGGGUGUAAAUUACAUGUGAUAGACAUGCUGUUAACAUCUUGGGAUGAUCUCGUUUGUGGACAUGGGACACCAUAAGAGCUGAGGCUUGGUUUCACAUUUUUGGCUAUUUAUCGGUUACUGGUCUGAGCUGUGGAUAAACGUGGAAUGUGACAGCUAGAAAUUUUUUGAGCCCAUAGGCGGUUCUUAUCCUUAAGAGGGUCUCCAUUAAUUUUUCGCAUGUUGUUAUCUUGUAACAUUAUCCAGUUAACGUUCUUCAUUUAAUUCCUCUCCCUCUUAUUUUGUGUUGGGUUGGGGGGGGGGGGGGGGGGUUUGUGUGUAAUUGUUUUGUAGACUAGACUGUUGUUCCUCCUGUUGAUUGUAAUAUUAUAUGGUUAAUUUCAUGAUA